AUGUCUGUCUCCAUUGAAACCACCGAGGUCCCUGCCACCCCUCUGGCGACUCAGCCCGUCCUCAUGGGCCAGAAAAACCGCAUGCCCGAGUUUAGCCUCGCCGGCAAGGUUGUCCUUGUCUCAGGCGCAGGCCGUGGUCUGGGGUUGACCCAGGCUGAGGCGCUGUUGGAAGCCGGCGCCAAAGUGUACGCCUUGGACCGUCUGGAGGAACCAGCGACCGAAUUUGCAGAGAUCCAGCAGCGCGCUAAAGAACUGGGCACCGAGCUGCAGUAUCGCCGCAUUGAUGUGCGCGACACCGAGCUGCUGAACAGCGUGAUCGAGGCCAUCGCCAACACGGAAGGCCGCAUGGACGGCCUGGUGGCCGCUGCCGGCAUCCAGCAGGAGACCCCCGCGCUGGAGUAUUCGGCCAAGGACAGCAACACCAUGUUCGAGGUCAACGUGACAGGCGUGUUCAUGACUGCACAGGCCGUGGCCAAGCAGAUGAUUCGCUUUGGCAACGGAGGCAGCAUCGCCAUGAUUGCCAGCAUGAGCGGCACCAUUGCCAAUCGGGGCCUAAUCUGUCCCGCCUACAAUGCCAGCAAGGCUGCUGUCGUCCAGCUGGCCCGUAACUUAGCUGCCGAGUGGGGUCAGUACAACAUUCGUGUGAACACCAUCUCGCCCGGCUACAUUGUCACCGCGAUGGUGGAGAAGCUGUUCGUGGACUUUCCCGAGCGCCGGGAGCAGUGGCCCAAGGAGAACAUGCUCGGCCGUCUGUCUCGCCCAGAGGAGUACCGCGGCGCUGCCGUCUUCCUACUCAGCGACGCCAGCAGUUUCAUGACUGGUAGCGACCUGCGCAUGGACGGCGGCCACGCCGCGUGGUAG